AUGGAUGAGACAAACGCCUUCUCGCCACUCAACCAGUUUAUUAUGCAGCAGAAUUCAAUCUCACCAACAAAAAAUCCACUGGUCGAUGAGAAGCUGUUGGCGUUCGUCCGAAAUGCCCUUCAGAACAAUCAGACGCUUCAAGGAGUCUUCCCGGACCAACAGCAACAAGCUCAACAGAUUCAAAAUCAGCAGCUCCAGAAUCCACACCUUCAACAGCCACAACAACUACCACAACUACCACAACCACAACAACAUCAGCUCCCAACAAACACUCAACUUCCAGUAGUAAUUCCGCCGAACGAAUCGAUGAUGAACAGUUUCAGUGGAGCAGCUGAUCAGAUGCUCAAGGCGUCUCCGUCAGCAUCAUCCGAUAUGAGCUCUCUGGACAGUGCUGACAUGGCAGAGCAGAUGCUCAUGGCUCGGCAGCAACAGCAAAUGCAGCAGCAGCUUCAACAACACCAACUUCAGCAGAGCGCUUUCCAGCCAGUGACUCCACUUCAACAGCUUCACAUUGACUCGUCGGCAGCGAAUAUUGAAGCUGGAACUCCGAAUAGCAUGGAACAACGCUCAAUCGGACGUCACGAAUCGUGGUUCGAGUGCUUCACUACCACACGUCACUGUGAGUACGAAGCACUACUGUACUCGGUCUAUGUGGCUGAACGAAACGAGAGAAAAUACGAUGGAUGGACCUAUUUCGACUGUCUCCAUCGUCUGCAAAGCAAAUGCCGCUAUCGAGUUCGUGCCAAGAAGCAAGACGAGUUCUUUAUUGUCGAGGAGAAGGGAGUGCAUAAUCAUGGAGCUGUUGAGCCCGUUGGACAAGCUGGAAGUCAUGCUGGAUUGCCAAAAACCAUUCGUGAGAUCGUCGACAAAUCGUACAACGAGAGCUGGCCAUUGGAGGUCCGUAACGCCAAAAUCGAAUCAGAGGUCAAGCGUUUGGGAUUGCCAGAGAAUCCGAGACUCGGUCGCCAGAUCGACAAUCGUGUUGCCUAUCUACGACGAGUCAAGAAUCUUCACGAAACUCGUCGUAUUCAAGAUCAAGUCAACGGUUCAAUGGGGUUGAUCAAAGAUUCGGAUCAGUUGUCGGAGGCUCUUUACAAUCCAGCGGUCAUGCAAGCACUAAUCAAUAAGAAUGGAGGUCAAUUGACGGUUGGACAAGGAGUGGUUGAGCAACUUUUUGGAUCUCAAAAUAUUGCUGACUUGGUCGCAGGACCGCCAUCCUCAUCUGGAGCAUCCACGUCGUCGGGAGCCUCUGUCUCUCCACCUCUCCAAGAGUCAAUGGAGAAGUUGACAAAACCAUUGGCAAUGAACCCAACUCCAGAAUUCUUUCAACUCCUUCAACAGCAGCAACAACAAAUGAAUCAGAUGAAUCAGAUUAAUCAGGUCACUUCUCAACAGGAGAACACUCCAAUGGAAAAUAUGCAACAAUAG